AUGCGGUUUUCUUCCAAGAGGCUGCAAGUGGAUCAGGACCCCCGGCAUUGUCUAAACCACCACUUCCCCCGAGCCCCCACCCUCUACCACCCCUUCCCCACAGAGCCACCACCCUGGUCCCCACCCUCUACCCACCCCUUCCCCACAGAGCCACCACCACCACCCUCUACCCACCCCUUCCCCACAGAGCCACCACCCUCUACCCACCCCUUCCCCACAGAGCCACCACCACCCCCUCUACCCACCCCUUCCCCACAGAGCCACCACCACCCUCUACCACCCCUUCCCCACAGAGCCACCACCACCCUCUACCACCCCUUCCCCACAGAGCCACCACCACCCUCUACCACCCCUUCCCCACAGAGCCACCACCACCCUCUACCACCCCUUCCCCACAGAGCCACCACCACCCUCUACCACCCCUUCCCCACAGAGCCACCACCACCCUCUACCACCCCUUCCCCACAGAGCCACCACCACCCUCUACCACCCCUUCCCCACAGAGCCACCACCACCCUCUACCACCCCUUCCCCACAGAGCCACCACCACCCUCUACCACCCCUUCCCCACAGAGCCACCACCACCACCCUCUACCACCCCUUCCCCACAGAGCCACCACCACCACCUCUACCCACCCCCUUCCCCACAGAGCCACCACCACCCUCUACCCACCCCUUCCCCACAGAGCCACCACCACCCCCUCUACCCACCCCUUCCCCACAGAGCCACCACCACCAACCCUCUACCACCCCUUCCCCACAGAGCCACCACCACCACCUCUACCACCCCUUCCCCACAGAGCCACCACCCUCUACCACCCCUUCCCCACAGAGCCACCACCACCACCCUCUACCACCCCUUCCCCACAGAGCCACCACCACCCUCUACCACCCCUUCCCCACAGAGCCACCACCACCCUCUACCACCCCUUCCCCACAGAGCCACCACCACCCUCUACCACCCCUUCCCCACAGAGCCACCACCCUGGUCCCCAUCCUCUACCACCCCUUCCCCACAGAGCCACCACCACCCUCUACCACCCCUUCCCCACAGAGCCACCACCCUGGUUCCACCCUCUACUACUCCUUCCCCACAGAGCCCCCACCCCUACUCCUGGUCCCCAUCCUAGCCACACAUCCUCUACUACCCGUUCCCCACAGAGCCACCAUCCUGGUCCCCAUCCUCUACUACCCCUUCCCCACGGAGCCACUACCCCUUCCCAACAGAGCCCCACCCUGGUCCCCAUCCUCUACUACCUGUUCCCCACAGAGCCCCCACCCUGGUCCCCAUCCUCACAGCCCACCCUGGUCCCCAUCCUCUACUACCCCUUCCCCACAGAGCCACCACCCUGGUCCCCAUCCUCUACUACCCCUUCCCAACAGAGCCCCACCCUGGUCCCCAUCCUCUACUACCUGUUCCCCACAGAGCCACCCCACCCUGGUCCCCAUCCUAGCCCACAUCCUCUACUACCCCUUCCCAACAGAGCCACCACCCUGGUCCCCAUCCUCUACUACCCCUUCCCCACGGAGCCACUACCCAUUCCCCACAGAGCCCCCACCCUGGUCCCCAGACCCAGAAAGAGCAUUACACCCUGGCAGUCAUCUAUGCUCUGUACCUCCUGGUUCCUCUGA